UUUUCCUCCAUACCAAUAGGGGGCGCAGAGUUAGCUGUAGGGGAAGCCCUUUGGAUGGAUGACGUUUCCGUUUCCGACUGACAAGAAGCCGCUUCAUCAACAUCUACAAACAGUAACACCUAUCACCAUAUACGUCUUGUUUUUUAACGGAGUCUGAGGAUGUCGGGACAGAAGCGUCCUGCUGAUCCGAGCAGCGGCCCCUCGUCCUGCGGUGCUGCAGCAGGAGGGAGCACCACCGUGGAGACAGUCAUUAAACUUGGAGGAGUGUCCAACAAUGAAGAACAAGACAUAAAAGCUCUGCAGGUCAAGAACAGGAAGCUGGGAGAAUCCCUGGAUCAGAGACAGGUGAUUGAAGAUGAGCUGCGAGAAAGGAUCGAACGAUUGGAGACCCGUCAGGCCACUGACGAUGCCAGUCUGCUAAUCCUGAACAGAUACUGGAACCAGUUGGAUGAAAACAUAAAGUUGACCAUCCGGCGCUAUGAAAAAGCAAGCAGUGAACCUGAGAAAUCUCCUACAGGCGACGGACGAAGCCUAAAGCCAGAAACACCAGAACCUGAUGGCGACUCUAAUCAGGAGCGAGUGAAGGACAGAGGCCAGCAAGGAGAGACAUCAAAUUCUUUCUUGGCGACCUUGGCAAGUAGCACCAGUGAGGAGAUGGAAGCUGAGCUUCAGGUGAGAGUGGAGUCAAGCCUCAAACAGGCCAAUCAUGUGGUGGAGAUCUAUGAAGCCUUGAAGAGCACUGUGGACCAGCUGAAGGCAGAGCUGGACUCUGGAGCUGAGGGAACUAUGUGGAAGAUGGCAACUACACUUAAUUCUCUCCUGACCAGUGAAAACGAGAGGCUGCAGCAGCUGACUGAGGACCUUGACCAGAAACACAGUCACAUGACGAGCGAGUCCCGCUCUCUGAGUCGUGCUGCCAACAAAGCAGAUCAGCGAGUGAGCGAGCUGCAGGUUCUGAUUGAGGAGCUUCAGUGGGACAUGGAAAAGAUUCGCCGUCGGGAAAAUAGACUCAAUGCACACUUGAGUGAAAUACAGGAGAGGGUGAACAGCAAAGGCUAUAAGGUGUGUGGGGAGGCCAGCAGUGUUUGUGGAACUAUAACCAUUAACAAGAGAAAGUUUGAGGAGAUGAACAGUGAGUUGGAGGAGAAUCGUGAACUGGCAGAAAACCGUCUCACUGAGCUUCAGAAGCUCCAGCAGGACCUGCAAACUGUUCACCAGGAGAACAACAGCAUGAAGACGGAGCUCAUGAAUCGGGCGGAGGGCUUCGUGAAGGAGACGUCGGAGUACCGCUGUCUGCAGUCACAGUUUUCUGUCCUCUACAACGAGUCUUUGAUGCUCAAGUCUCAAUUAGACGAAACCCGUUCCCGGCUCAACACAACCAGGACGGCAAGGCUAAGACAGUUAGAUCACAUGGAGAAUGAUGAGGUGACUCUGCAGAGAAAGGUUCGAACUGAGGUGUUUCAGCUGGAGGACACACUGGCUCAGGUCAGGAAGGAGUACGAAAUGCUGCGCAUAGAAUUUGAACAGACCCUUGCUGCAAAUGAACAAGCAGGGCCCAUUAACAGGGAGAUGCGACAUUUGAUAAGCACAUUGCAGACCCACAAUCAGCAGUUAAAGGGAGAGGUGGUGAAAUACAAGCUGAGACUUAGAGAGACACAAGCUGAACUCCACCAGGUCCGAGCUUCAAAAGGUAACAGCAUCCUCCAGUCCCAGUCAAGCACAGAGAUGGAAGUGAAGGAUGAGACGAUGUCUCCUACGACUCCAGCUGUCACUAGCGAACCUUCAGUCAAAACAGAGCCUGACAACGAGUCCUCAGUGGCCAACAACACUGCAGUGAAAACUGAGCCUGGAGUUGAACCAGAGGUAACGUUGAAAGAGGAGGAGAAGGAGGAGAAGAAAGAGAAGGACGAAAAGAAAGACAAAGAUCUUAUAAAGAAGGAAGAAAAAGACAGAGAGCGGGAGAAGGAAAAAGAGAGAGAAAGACCAACUCGCAGCAGUGGCAUAAAGGAGGAGAAGGACAAACCAGGGAGCAGCAGCCAAACAGAGGAGUCAGCGGGGGAGCGACUGUCUGUGGUGGGAGGGUCCAAGAGGAAGGAGAUGGAGCAGCUGAAGAUUGUCCGAACAGAACUCAAAAAAGCCCAGGAGUCCCAGAGAGAAAUGAAGCUGCUGCUGGACAUGUAUCGCUCAGCACCAAAGGAGCAGAGAGAUAAAGUCCAGCUCAUGGCUGCAGAGAAAAAGGCCAAGUCAGAGGCAGAAGAAAUUCGACAGAGGCUAAGGGAACUGGAAGAACGGGAGAGGAGAGAGGGCAAAAAAAUGGCAGAUGAGGAGGCACUAAGGAAGAUCCGCUCUGUGGAGGAGCAGAUCGACAUUCUCAACAAGAAGCUCUCCAUAGCUAAACAGGAGGAGGACGCGCUGCUGAGUGAGAUGGACGUGACGGGCCAGGCCUUCGAGGACAUGCAGGAACAGAACAUCCGCCUGAUGCAGCAGCUGAGAGAAAAAGACGACGCCAACUUCAAGCUGAUGAGCGAGAGAAUCAAGUCCAACCAGAUUCACAAGCUGCUAAAAGAAGAGAAGGAGGAGCUAGCCGACCAGCUGCUGACACUAAAAACUCAGGUCGAUGCCCAGCUCCAGGUGGUGAGAAAGCUGGAGGAGAAAGAGCGCCUUCUUCAGGGCACCAUCGGCACUGCAGAGAGAGAGUUGACGCUGCGAACACAAGCUUUGGACAUGAACAAACGCAAGGCUCAGGACUCAGCGUUGCUCUCGGAGGAGGUGAGGACUCAGCUGGAGCAGGUGCAGCAGAGGCUCAGCCUCGUCAGAGAAGAGGUCAUCGAAAACAGCAUAUCGAGGGAGAAGGAGUCCUUCAAUGCUCGACGAGCACAGGAGGACAUCUCCAAAAUGCGGAGAAAGAUUGAAAAGGCCAAAAAACCAGCUGAAAAAAUCAGCAACGGAGACGACAUCCUCAAUGAAGAAAUCAAUGACUAUAAGGCUCGACUGACAUGUCCGUGCUGCAACUCGCGAGUGAAGGACGCCGUGCUCACCAAGUGCUUCCACGUCUUCUGCUUCGAGUGCGUGAAAACGCGCUACGAUACGCGACAGAGGAAGUGCCCCAAAUGCAACGCCGCCUUCGGGGCGAACGACUUCCACCGCAUUUACAUCGGCUGAAAAUGUUCCCCCUGAACUGCUUUUUCAGAAGAAAGGGUAAUGGAUUUCAGCAGUAGUUCACACACUGCCGAGAGCAUCGCUGCACUCAACUGGUUCAUCCUCAAAUUAUUUAUCGGCGAGUACCUGUGUCUGCAGGAAACUGUGGACGUGAACUC